CCGAGAAAGGUAGGGAAAGUGCUCGGAAGCAGUCGCGGUGCCAUUCAGUGGAUCGUGAGGCCAACCUAAAGUUUGUGCACCAUUCCACGGUACACGGUAGGAACAACAGCAAAACCCCUAAAAUGGUACUUACCAGGUGCGUUCGAUGGAUCACAAAGUAUGGCAAGCUUCGCGAUAUUACGGGCACCUAUCGUUGCCUAGCAACGUCUACAGUGCCGUCUAGCUCGACGGCAACACCUACGCACGAGCAGCAAAGACGCCACGCUUCGCAUGGCAGGAUGUCCGGCUGGGAGAUCAACGCGUACGGAAGCCCCCAAGAGGAGGUGCAAUUUAACGGUGGCAUCAGAAUUCCAACCCUGAAGUCACCCACCCAGCUGUUGGUGAAGGUGAAGGCUGCUUCCGUGAACCCGAUCGAUGUUGCAAUGAUAGCUGGUUACGGCGCGUCCGUGUUGAAUGCGAUGCGCGGGAAGCAUGGUGACAUCGAGUUCCCGCUCGUGCUGGGGCGUGACUUUUGUGGAGAAAUCGUGCAAAAAGGGCUCGGAAUUUCGAGCCGCGAACUCGAAGUAGGCGACGAAGUGUGGGGCGUUGUGCCGUUGCACUUGCAAGGAUGCCACGCGGAUUACGUUACGGUAGAAAAGUACUGCUUAUUUAAAAAACCGGCCAACUUGAGCAAAAUCGAUGCCAGCGCCGUACUGUACGCGGGCCUAACGGCCUGGUCCGGGCUCUAUCUGACCGGCCACCUGGGCGAUCUGCUCGGAGCCAUUUCGCCGGUCGGUGGUGGAUGUGGCAAGAAAGUCCUGGUGCUCGGUGCUUCCGGUGGCGUUGGCACGCUCGUAGUGCAGAUGUUGCUCGCCGAAGGCGUGGACGUGUUUGCCACCUGCUCAACGGACGCCAUGCAGUUUGUGCACAAUCUGGGCGUCAAGCAUCUGCUCGACUACAAUGAUCCUGCUCACGUGCAGAGCCUCACCAGCGUUGGACGCUUCGAUAUCGUGCUCGAUUGUGCCGGAAAAGGGACGGACUACGCAAAGGAGGUGCCGUGGCGGUUCGAUCAGUACAUCACCUUCAACUCGCCGGUGCUGAAAAACAUCGACACGAACGGGUUCAGUGCGGGAAUGUACCAGAACGCCGCCGAUCUCGUGCGCAGUAACGUGUCUUCGUUCAACAGCUGCCGGGGGCUGGUAAAGUGGGGUUACUUUGUCCCGGCUCCGCAAGGUAUUGCCUAUUUGCAGCGACUCGUUGAACGGGGUAAACUGCUGCCGGUGGUGGAGCAAGUUUUUCCCUUCGCCAACACUCCCGCAGCGUACGAGCGUGUCACGCAAAAGCAUCUGAGGGGCAAAAUUGUGAUCGAUUUUGAGUGAGGCGGGAAGAGAGGAAAAUGUCUGCGGGAACUUAGAAUUCAGCAAUGCUUCUACCGUGUGAUUGUAGUUUAAAUAAAUUCAAAUUCAAUUUUCUAACGCUGCACUCCCAGAGUGCAAACGCGCGAAGACUACACAAGGUGCUGUUUAUUUUUUGA